UCCUGCCCCUCCUCCCUCCCCUCCCCUCCUAGAGAACUGGGAGAAGCCACAGCUGAUCUGUCUGUGAGCUGCUGCUCUGAUCCCAUACUUCUUACCCUCUGCUGCAGCUAUGGCUGGAAAGGCACACCGACUCAGUGGUGAGGAGCGGGAGCAGCUUCUGCCUAACCUGAGAGCUGUAGGGUGGAAUGAACUGGACGGCAGAGAUGCCAUUUGCAAAGAAUUUCAUUUUAAGGACUUCAACCGGGCGUUCGGAUUCAUGACCAGGGUGGCGCUACAGGCGGAGAAACUGGACCAUCAUCCUGAAUGGUUUAAUGUCUACAACAAGGUUCACAUCACUUUAAGUACUCAUGAGUGUGGAGGACUGUCAGAAAGGGACAUCAAUUUGGCUAGUUUUAUUGAACAAGUGGCAGCCACACUGGCCUAAUGAACAGGAAACCCCCAAAAAUAUUGUUUUGUAAUUGUCUGCGAUAGUUUGUAUACAAUUUCUUUCUCUGUGCCUUCUAUUUUCCAUUAGUUAAUGCGGUCUUACUCUUCGUGAUAGGAAACUCAAUUAGUUAAUGGAAUUGCCAAUCUUGAAACAUUCUCUUUAGAGUAUAUGGGUUUUUUUUCUUCUUCUUCAAAGAAACAAUAGAAACUAUUCCUAUAUGUAAUUUCUCUGAAGGGUUUAUCGCCCAGAUAUCUUUUGCUUACCAGCAAAGGUAAAUUUUGUUUAGGAGGAAAGAAGUGAACUAUUUUUGGGGAGAUAGCAUAGAUUGAUAUUAGUGCAAAAAGGGGCUGAAAGCCGGAGUAUUUUAUCCUUUUCUUACCUAGGUUUUGUAGAUGCCAUCUUACCCUGGGUGUGAUUUUUAUAAAAAAAAAAAAAAAAAAAAGACUGGGUCUUCACAUCUUAAAGGACCACUAUAGUGCCAGGAAAACAAACCCAUUUUCCUGGCACUAUAUAGUCCUUAGGGCCCCCUCCCACUGGGCUGAAGGGGUUAAAACCCCUUCAGCCACUUACCUUAAUCCAGUGCCGGGCUACCUCUGCGCUGGUGACCUCUCCUCCCCCUCCGACGUAAGCUCCCGAGUGGAGCCGAAUGCGCACACACAUUCAAACCGCCCAUAGGAAAGCAUUACUUAAUGCUUUCCUGUGGACGUUCUGCAUGCUCAAUGUGAUUUUUGCAUUGAGCAUCGCGGAACGGCCACUAGCGGCUGGAUGAACCCUGCAAUGUAAACAGUUUUCAGCUGCAGGGUUAAAACCUGGGGGCCCUGGCACCCAGACCACUUCAUUGAGCUGAAGUGGUCUUGGUGCCUGUAAUGGUCCUUUAAGAUUUGACUUACCCGUCUCAGUAAGUUAGAGGACUGGCUAUGUUCUGCCAUUAAUUUACAAUUCACAUUUCAGGGCUGUCCAAUCUCAUGAUGGACUAAAAUGACAGUUCAAGGUUAUCGGGGAAAAGCAAUCUAUUCUUCAAUCAGUAAUACUAACUGAUCUAGAUAAAGGACCACUCCAAGAGUGUUUUUUUGUUUAUUUCAUUUUGUAAAAAGGUUAAAUUUAUAAAACUGGCAAUUUCUAUUGAAAUCUGCACUAUUAUAAAUGAUCCAUAUUACAGCCACCUGGCAGCAAUUGCCCAUACCUGCCUUGCAAAGACUUCUCGUUGAGCUGCAUUGGAAAGUCUGAUUGGACAGCCAUAGAAAUGCUGGGCGGGGUUAGAAGGGGAGGGCUUGCGAUAAGAGAAAUGCCAGCUGGUUUUUAUAAAUACCCCAUUGAGAACAUGCCUAAUUAAAUGCAUGUUUUCACUGUGGUAUAUCUACAAAAGUGAUUUUUUUGGUUUUUUUUACAUUUUAUAUGAGCUGUGGAUUGGGCCUUUAACAUUUUGAUGUCGACGAAAACCCCUACUUAAGACUGAUAGAACACACCUUUUAUUAGUUUGCUAUUGAUCUUUUAGUGAAAUAUUUUUAUAUUUGCGUGAUGAAAUCCUUAAACAGUAUUAUUAAUUGUAUUUUAUAAACUGUGUAAACAUUAUGUAUUUUGUCAAGAAACAUGCUGGUUAUAAAUGUAUCUCUUACCACAAAA